CUGAGGAGUGAGAGGGCGACUAUUACGAUGGCCGCAAGGACAAAAUCAUCGCUGCCGACGUUCCACUGGUUCUCAAGCGACGUUCCUCGGCAUGUCACUAGCGCUGGCAUGGCGGCGUCGACAGCACCCGCUAAGGGAGUGGCUCGUUCAGCGUAACAACAUCCAACCUUUGACACAUCAGAUUGAUCCGUAUUAUCCAAGAAAUGGCUUAAUUUCAUGCGGUUUUAUGGUUCAGAAAUAUACUUGAUGUCUCACACAAAAAGGAUGGUUGUUGAAUUAAUUAU